ACAGCUAAAAAUUUGGCAUUGUAUGGAAGAGCCACACAAUCAGACCUAUAUGAAAGCCCAUGGUCAGGGCACAGUGAUGCCCACAAUGCCAUCGAUGGUAAUCGUGACCCAAAUUUUCUUCAUGGAUCCUGCACCUUAACUGAUAAAGAAACAAAUCCCUGGUGGAGGGUUGAUCUUUUGAGCCCGUACAUAAUCACCUCUGUUGUCAUCACCAAUAGAGAAGACUGCUGCCCUGAGUACCUCAAUGGAGCUGAGAUUCGUAUCGGCAACUCCCUGGUGAAAAAUGGCAAUAGCAAUCCACUGGCAGCGGUCAUAUCCUCCAUCCCAGCUGGCAGAUCACUCAGCUUCACAUGGGAUAAUGAGAUACAGGGACGCUAUCUUAAUGUUUUUCUGCCUGGAGACAACAAGCUUUUGACACUUUGUGAGGUUGAGGUGUAUGGAUAUCCACCUCCAAAUGGUGAGAAUGUGGCUUUAAAAGGGAAAGCAACGCAGUCAGACCUUUCUGGAAAAGGCUUUGCGAACAAUGCCAUCGAUGGGAAUCGUGACGGCAUUUAUGCUCAUGGUUCCUGUACUCACACAGAAGCUCAUAUCAACCCUUGGUGGAGGGUGGAUUUGCUUCAAAGUCAUAAAGUCUUCUCUGUUGUAAUCACCAACACUGUGGAUAGCAUUCCCAGUAGACUGAAUGGGGCUGAAAUACGAAUAGGAAAUUCUUUGGAGCAGAAUGGUAUCAACAACCCCAGAUGUGCAGUGAUCUCCUCUAUUCCUGCUGGGUUAUCGGAGACCUAUGAGUGUCAUGGGAUGGAGGGACGAUAUGUUACCGUGGUGAUUCCUGGACGUGUAGAGUAUCUAACACUCUGUGAAGUGGAGGUAUACGGAUCACCACUGGACUAAAGUCCAGAACUAAAGUCCAUUGAAUCAACAGGAUGAAAAACCUCUCAGCAUUCUCAAUCUCAAAACACAACUAAUGUACUGUUGUGGACAAUAAUACAUUUGUUGCUAUGGUAUCACUUUAGGUUAGGCUGGUAUACACUUGUCAGGAUAUUAUGUGAAUGAUACAGCAAUUUGAACAACCAAUUUUUACAUUGAAUUCUGCAGCUAAAUAAUGACUAUUUCUGUAUUUUUCAUUUUGAUCUCUGUUAUCUGCCAUUGUAUUAGAACUUUUGGUAACACGUUACGGUAAGGGUACAUGAAUUAU